AUGUCGAUAAUCGCACUCAUUGAUCCUGACUGGCAACAUAAAGACAAAGAACUUCCGGAAAAAUUCGUAGUGAAGAUUCUUACUCAACUUGUUAUGCAACAAUUCACUAACGAAAUAUCGAAAGUGAAGAAGAUCGACAACAUGUUUAACGUUCCGGAGUUGUUGACCACACUUGAAUGCCACAUGAAACGUUGUCAUAACACGGAAGUAACUGCCUACAAUCAUUUGCUCAAUUUACCAGAAGGAAAAGUUUCUUUACCUAAGGGAUAUAUCAUUAUGGAGUAUAUGGAAAAUCUAAAAAUGGUGCACAUUUAUGAAAAUCUCACGACGAAAUCUGUGAAACAGAUUUUACGAGCGAAAGCUGUUCUCGAAGCGAUGUCUCUCGAUUUCACUCCUGAAGAAAGAAGCGAAUUCAGCGAGAAACCGUUCACCGAAAUUUUCGGAGCUUUUUUCAAAGUGGAGUUACUCGACAGUUUGAUGGAGAUUUUUCGCUCAUUCGGACAUGAUAGUCUGUCAGAAAAAACUAGUCGGCUAGGGAAAGUUCUACCGUACUUGGUGGAUCUCGAAUGGGCGAAUAGAUUAUCCGAUGAGAUGGGUAUGCGACGUGUCCUCUGUCAUGGUGACUUGUGGUCAAUGAACGUUCUGUGGAGGACAGAUGGCGAUGACCUGAAAAUGGCAGCUCUCAUUGACUUUCAGGUUGCUCACUUUGGAUGUCCAGCAGUUGACUUCGUCCGGCUAAUGUCAGCAUGUCUCAGCGGUAAGGAUCGGCAAGAACACUGGGAAGAAUUAUUGGAGGAGUACUACGGAUACUUGAAAGAGGAAUGUGGUAGCAGACGGAUGCCCUACACGUUAGAGCAGCUCAAGGAAUCGUACCGUCGAUUCUUUCCUCUUGGGGCCUUCAUGAUAAUGCCUAUUAUUGGUCCCUUAUUCGAUAUCAUUUGUAAAAAACACGAUGAAGAUCAGAAACGGAAGAGUUUGGAACUCGUAAUGAAGAAGACUGAGCAUCUUUUGGAUGAUCUGCUGUACUACCAUGAGCGCAACAUGGAACUGAAAAAAGGAUGA